AUGUCGACCAAGGCGGUGCGCGCGCUCUACCGCCUCUUCCUGAGGCAGGCCAGGAGCCUGGAGCGGCAGGGCCUGGAGGCGCUGGACAUCCGCAUGCCGGUGAACAAAGAGGCGUGGCUGUUCCAGGGCGGCAGCCACGCCUGGUCGCCGCCGCGGGACGAGUUCCGCCUCAACUCCCUCAAGUCCCUGGUGCCCUGGGCAGCCCAGGGCGUCACUAGCGGCAGCCUGUCCCCCGCCGACCUGCGCCAGCUCAUCAGCCGAGCCUUCCGGCAGCCGCCGGCAGGCAGCAGCCGGGAGGAGCAGCUGGAUCGAGCCUUCCAGUCGCUGCGCCUGCUCAGCGACCAGAUACACAUGCAGGCACAGGGGGUGCACGUGGAGGUGACCACCGCCUAUGUUGGGCGGCAGUCAGACCUGGACCCCACCUAUGAGAAAGAGGAGGGGGUGGCCGACAAGCACUACUUCACCUACCGCAUACGCGUGUCCAACUGCGGGGAGGAGACGGUGCAGCUGCUGGGGCGGCACUGGAUCAUCCAGGACGCCAGCGGCAAGGUGCUGACAGAGGUGGCCAAGGGGUCGCGAGGCGUGGUGGGAUGCACGCCGUUGUUAGAGCCGGGAGCAUGCUUCGAAUACUACAGCGGCACCGACCUGGACCAGCCCUGCGGCAGCAUGCGCGGCAGCUUCCAGAUGGCGGUGGUGAACCAGCGCAAGCCGCAGGACAAGUGGGUGCGCACGUUUGACGCCCUGGUCGCGCCCUUUGCCUUUGUGCGGCCCCGCAACGGCGACGGCGGGUGA